AGGGUUAGGGGAACACAUUCAGGAAGCUGUGUCCGCUGAUAAGACUGGAGGGAAGGAGAUGUGUGGCGUAGAUGAAAUGGAACUUCCUGUAAAAUAAGGACGUAUGGUCUCUGGGUAGUGUGAUCGUCGCUCCUGGACAUGGCAGGUCUCUAUGGACUGAAGAUCCUGCUGCUGUGUACUGGGCUCAUAGAGCUGGCCAUAUGCUCCGCAGCAACAAUACCCCCACCAGGAACAGUAGCCAUCACCAACAAACCCCCAAGCAUUCCCAUCACACCUUUAAACUCUCAGACAGCAUCCAUCUCAACCACUCCUCCACCCAUAAAUGAGCAAGACAAAAGCAACAUCUCCACUCCUUCACCCACACCAUCCACCAAGAAUGCAAACGACUCCACAGGCCCCUUACUUCCAAACACCACCACCAUCACCACCAUCACCACCAUCACCACGACGGCCACUACAACCAUCUCACCUUCACUCAGUUCGCUUACCCCCACCUCAAACAUCAUCACUCAGGCAUCAAGCCAAGCUACCCUCUCCAACGUAACCGGCGACUCGAGCACAAGCACUUCUGACCCUGCAAGCACUGCAGUCGCCCAAACCCAGACAUCUUACCCUGCAAGCACUGCAGUCGCCCAAACCCAGACAUCUUACCCUGCAAGCACUGCAGUCGCCCAAACCCAGACAUCUUACCCUGCAAGCACUGCAGUCGCCCAAACCCAGACAUCUGACCCUGCAAGCACCCUGACUUCCACUACAGCUAUCCCCACAGGCAGCCAGACUAAACCAACACCGCCAAAGUGUACAUACACGGUCACGCCUGUCAUCUAUGGCUUUCAGAUUGACUUAAAGGCCUCAACCUCCGACACAUACAACAUAUUGUACCAGGAUGAAUCAGGACAACACAUGACUGUUGACCAUCAAACGGUGAACUCCACUAUUGUGGUAUCAUUGAAGCCUUGCAGGAAAUACACUUUGACAACGAUUCAGCCUGAAUGUGAACUCCAAGGAAAUAGCACUCUGAGGACUGAGAAAAUGGAUGACCUAGAGUUUUCCACCAACACGAAGCCGGGAUAUUUGUGUUAUGUGACGAAAUGGGAUACCAGUGAUGCUGAAUGGAACAGUCCUGUUAUCACCUGGGACAAAGACAACUGUUUUAAGCUUUUAGAUGAACAUUUCUGCACAAACUUCACAACCAAUGUAGCUGUGCCUGGAGGUUGUAGUGUCAACAUCAGCAAAACUAUACCCAUAACAGCAGAGUAUUCUACAGUCAAACACUCUCCCAAUCUGGAAUACAAAAACGUACUCCCUGUUGAAAUUGUAUGGAAAAACAAGCCAAAAAACUGUAGCCCUAAAGAUCUGGACAUUCAUUACACCUGUGAAGGAAACAGCGGGUCUAUCAACUUGACUGAUUUGGAACCCUUUCAGAAAUACAACUGUAGUGGAAAGAUUACUCACAACAGUAAAGUCAUCAGUACCAAGUCCAUUGACGUUGAAAUCAAAUGUGAAGUGGACAUUACCAAAACGUCUACAAACACAAACACCUCCAUAAGCCUUAAAUGGACCAAUCACAGCAUUAACUGCCCCAGAAAUACUCAGCUAUUUCACUCCUGCGUUUCCUGUAGAAUUGGGGCUGAAGUUAAAGAUUGUUACACCACGGAUGAAUUACAUUAUGAUUUUAAUAAAUUGCAGCCGUUCACAAAUUAUAUCUGUUCAAUUGAGCCAAGGUACAAAGACAUGAGCUACGAUACACUCAAAAAAGUGUCUAAGACCAUCCAAACUGCACCUGGAGUACCUGAUGAGGUGGGGGGAAAACCGAGUGUGACUUAUACUCAGAACAAUGCUUUUACCAUUAUAUGUGAGGAAUUAAAGCAAGUUCAGUGGAAGGGAAAAGAGAAGUGGUACAUUGCAACGAUCACUGGGUCUGAGACAAAACCACAAAAACAAACAAAAUGCAAUUUUACAUUUGCGGACCUCGGCUAUUUAACAGACUACACAGUUCAGAUCGUUACAUACAAUGGGAAAUACAAGAGUAAACCAAUAGAAACACACAUUACUACUCGCUACAAUGACAAAGCUGUGAUUGGGUUCCUUGUGUUCCUCAUCAUCCUGACGACUCUGGCUCCCCUCUUCUUUCUCUACAAGAUCUACAACCCGCAGCGCAAGACGUCCAACACAACAUCUGAGACAAAGACAACUGUCAUGUUCAUUAGUGGAACAGUUCCCUUGCCUCGAGGAUUCAGAGGGGUAAAAACUGAUGCUUGGUACACCCUUAGAUGAUGCCACUUCUACUGGUUUACUUGAGGAACGCCUCAGGAACCUGAGAAAGAGGCGUCGGAGACCAGGGCGGCUCAACUCUACAUCUGCAGCCGCUGAAGAUAUAACAGACAAAGCAGGAAUCCUGUAUUGACAAUGAUAUUAGGCCACAUUUUAGUUUGAUGGUUUCCUAGAUGUUCUACUGUAUUUCAGGCAUCAGCUGCAACUUUGUUGAUAUACACAACUCACUAUAUUUAGGGAAAGAGGGAUUUCCCAGGUGAAAUGUAACUUGAUAUGACAUACUUUUUGCCAGUGGCGAUCCGACAUUCAGGGCAGGUGGAGCAGAGUCCCACAUUUUUAGCUUAAAAACAUAACAUAAAAAUUUGUGUUGGGGGGGGGCUGUUUUGCAUGUUAUUUUGCCAUUAAUAUGUGUCACAUUUCAGUUCGCAAACAAUUUUUAAAAAAUCAUUUAAUUAAUAAAGCCGCAGACAAA